CAGUUUGUCACCCGCCUUUAUAAAAAAUAAACAAAUUGCGCAGAUGUUGAUCGUUUUCAUUUCCUAAUGAUGUUACACAAAAAUUCUUUCCAAAUAAUCAUUCGGUGAUUUUGUCUUUUUAUUCAGUGAAUUAUGUAUCUACUCCAACGCACAAUGAAGCACCUGAUUGGUUUUGCCUUGGUAUGUUUUCUAGUGUUCAAGUAUUGUGAAGCAGUUCAAAGAUUCGACGAUACAAUGUCCAUGGCUCUGGUGGAAAAGGGGAAACAGCAGUUGAAUGACCUAGAGCAAAAGAGCCAUCUGCCUCGCUACGGCGAAUGUUGGCUGCAUGCGUUGGACCACCUCCGCAACGGUUGCCGGAUGCUGACGGAUACGAUCCAGGUGGAUCUGGCGUUACAUUUCACCGACUGCUUCAUGGAGAUGUCCGGCCACGAACGGCUGGAUUGUUUGUCCGAACGGACCGAGGCUCUGAAGCGACUUUGCAUGAGCGAAAUGAGCGACCGGUCCUUUGCGGUGUACACGGAGUUCUUUACCCAAACGCAAAGCAUGUGCUUCUUCCUGCAGAGCCAAUUGUGGCAGCUGGAAGCCGAUCAGACGAUCGAUAGGCUAAGUGUACGGUCCAAGGAGGUGAGCGAACAGUUGCAUGUCGCUAGUGGAAUCCAGCAAACCGUACUGGAACACCAGAAGGAGGGUUUGAAAUUGCAGGCGGAAAUGUUGGAAGUCGGGGGUUAUUUGGCGAGGACACUCAAUGGGUCCCAGAAAGUUCUGGACCGACUAACGGUGGAUUUGAAAAACUCAACCAAAGAACAUCAGGCGGUUUUGAAAGAGCUUUUUAGGGAGUUUUAUUUGUUGCACAGCUGGAUCGUUGGUAGGUAUGCGUUUGUCGAUAGAGUCGUCUUUUAUGUUUGUUUGCUAGCGGUGGUGUUGGUCGCUACAUCCACAAAAAGGACAAGCCGAGCGAGGUCCUACCUGAUCCUCAACUCGGUGGGAAGUAUAUUCGUGGAGGUAUCUUUGCCUCAUUUGAUUCCAUUGAUGGAUGAAAUCCAGAAGGAUCGUACUAACUGGGUUAUUCGAAAACUUUUCGGUAUGUCUGGGUUACUAUUAUUUGGUUGGUUUUGUUGUCGGUACCAGGACGAUCAUGAGAAAUUAUUGAACAAAAUCAUGGAACAGAAUCGUCAGAUAAUGGAAAGCGUUCUUCGCAUGAAGAUGGAAUCAACUUUGCCCGCUCCCAAGCAGGAAAGCGAAGGUAAAUAUUCACAUUCGACAGCGCACACUUUUGCAGGAAGUCGCGUUGCUCAUUCUCAACAAUAUAGUAGUCGCGUGGGUCCGCGUUCCUUACUUAUACCGGUGGUUGCAGCCUCGGUGCAAGAACAAGAUACGACCGACUACGAUAAAGAAAAUAGUUCGAAUGAAGGACGGUCGGCAAGCAAAUCACUUCGGUUUACGCCGAAAAGACGCGAAGAAAGGGCUCUUUCGCGGACCUCGGAGUCCAGUGUUUCUCACGCUUCGAGGUACAAUCUAAGAAGAAAGAUUGUGAUUCAAUAAUUUGUCGUUUGAUAUGCUCAUAUUUGUAAGUUAAUUGUUCCCGAUCUGAAGUUUAUGUCAAUCGGGUUUCUAUCAUAUUGGGAUUCCUAUUUUAACGCACUGUCGAAUUGCAAAAGUGAUUUACCUGUUAAUUUAAAAUUUUAUUAUCAAUUGUUAAAUUAUUAUCUGUUAAUGAAAUUGAUUUUUGCAUGAAUGUUUAAAAAGUAUACAACAUCACAAAGUCAAAAACAAUGUCAUUCUAAUUUAUAUAGUCAACAGGAUAAGAGUAAUGCGGCUAAUCAUAAUUAAUUAAUAUUUAGGAUCACAAAUUAAAUUAAGUAUCAUUCCAAAGUAUUGACUCGAACCAAACAAUUUAGUUUUUAAUUAUUUAUUUUUUAUAAAACUCGGUCAUUCCGUUUCUUUAUUAAUUUAUUGAUUUAGAAUAAUUUUAUCGUGACAUUCCAAAAAUAAAACAAUUUAUUACAUUAACCUUAAAAGACAAGUUA